CCCACUCUGUAUACACCAUAUUACAAUCAUCUCAUACAAAAAAAUGCUUUCAAAUGGCAAAGAUAUACACUCAAACUACAAACCAGCAAAUCUUCCACAAAGUGACGCUUCGAAUACUAUAGAGUCGGAAUCAGUGGAAAAGUUUAAUUGGCUCAUACAUUUGCAACACACUCGUCAUCAAAAAACGUUUUGUAAGGACCUUAUCGCGGCUGAAAGUCACAGAAGUGGUGAUAAGAAUGAGUAUGUACUGUUUAAAAAAGGCAUUAUACAAAAAGAAGAAGGUAAUAUACAAGAAGCUUUGGAAACCUUCCAAAAAUGUUUGAAGUUAAAUGAAAAGAAUACCACAAUUAUUAAAGAAAUUGCUGGCUGCUUAUAUGAUAUGCAACGCUAUCGUCUGGCAUUAAACGUAUAUCUGGAGGCGGAACAAUUAGCCAAAAAUGUCGACUGGCAACUCUGCCACUUAAUCGCUGAAACCUACUUGAAAUUGGGCAACCUGGAGCGAGCCAAAGAAUACGCUCAUAAAAGCGUCAAGGUAGGAAAACAAGAAGAGUCUUACACUCUGCUCAUGAAAAUCCUGAUGGCAGAAAGAGAUUUUACGUCAGCUAUGGCUGUUGCCAAUGCUGCUGUAGAAUCCUGUCCGGACAGUGCACAGCUGUUAAUAGAUUCUGGAAUUCUAUAUUUAAAAGCUGGACAGACUCAGCACUCAUUUGAAAGGUUUAGCCAAGCGUUGGCAUUGAAUCCGACAUCCUGGAAGGCAUUGUUGGGCAUUGGCUGUAUAACUCAUAAACACGAAGAGUUUGAUGUUGCCCUCAGUAAAUAUAAGAUUGCUGUCCUUUACCAGCCGGAAUCAGUAGCUUUAUGGAACAAUAUCGGAUUAUGUUUCUAUUCUAAACAGAAAUACAUUGCGGCCAUCAGUUGUUUGAAAAGGGGAUUAUGGAUAUCACCAUUGAACUGGAAACUCCUCUACAAUCUUGCCCUGGUGCAUUUAUCCACAAACCAGGCAGCAUCUGGGUUUAACUUUGCCUGCGCUGCAGUGAACUUAAGACCCAAUGUUGGGGAAUGUUUUGGAUUACUUGGAUGUACUUUAUAUGAACUGAAAGAUACAGAAAAUGCUUUUAAAGCUCUUCGACAAGCUUACAGCUUGGCACCAACUGAUAUGACUGUGGUGGCUAAUGCAGCUUUAUUAGCUGAAAUGACCGGAGCAGUGCAAGAUUCUCAGCAGUUUAUUGAUGAAUUUAAGAAGUUAAGGGAAGAGAAUCGUAGUAGAGACGAUGAGGCUGAAAAGCUUGUUGAAGCUCUGAUUCAGAUUCAAGAGGCCAAAAAUGCUCAAGUGGAAGCUACUAACUCCGAGGAGACAGAAACUGGUGAAGGCAAAAGAGAAUAUGCUCAUGAUGACGAAGUCUAGCUUGUUUUUAAUUAAAAUAUAUAUGAUAUUGAGUAAA